AUUAAUAAUAAUGCACAGAUUAGAGACACGGCACAGGUAGUGUCUGUGGGCCGGUGACGGGAGGCCGCACACGUGCUAGUCCGGUAUCCGCCCCUCCCCGUGUCUCUCCUGCUGUGACUGUGCCUGCCUGUGUCAGUGUACUCGGUACAGUCACACAUUCGAGCUCAGCAGCGCUGGAGGGGCGUGGCCUAAACCGUUCCCUGUGAGUGCGGCGGCGACACUAGCUCGCCCAUAGCGGUGCAGACUACACAGCACCAGAUCCUCGGCUCAGCCGCGUCGCAGCAUUAUUACGUCACGAGCGCGACGCUUAAGCGAGCUGGGAGACCACUCUAGUGCCAGCAGUGGGAGAUCUGCUGCUGCUGUUCCUGCUCAGGAGGGUGAGGGCGCUCACGAACAACCGGAAGUGAAGACCCGAACUUCCGGUCGCGACUAUUCGGACAGAAUAGCGGCUACAGUGCGGCCAGCGGGGGAGAGAACAGGGAAACAGUCACAGCUACUACUACAGAAGAAGCCUCCCCACCUGUCCCAACAAAGAAUAUUGGAACCACCGAAAAUAAUUUCCAGGUGAUCGAAGUUUCAAAAGAAUGGCUGAAUUGAAUCUGAAGGAAAUUGGAAUUUUAUUAUGCGUUGUGGUGGUAUGUUAUUGGAACAGUCUAUUUUGUGGAUUUGUAUUUGAUGACGUGUCAGCAAUUCUGGAUAAUAAAGAUUUGCAUCCCUCAACGCCCAUAAAAAAGCUCUUCCAAAAUGACUUCUGGGGUACUCCAAUGUCUGAAAUGGAUUUAGACCCUCAAGGAAGAUAUUUAGUCCUCCAGAAGUCUUUUGGCAAGGAGAGAAGUCAUAAAUCAUAUCGUCCUCUUACAGUCCUGACAUUUCGUUUGAACUAUAUGUUCAGUGAAUUAAAUGCAGUGUCUUAUCACCUUCUAAACCUGCUCCUACAUGCUGUGGUGUGCAUGAUUUUUCUCAAAGUCUGUAAACUGUUCCUGGACAACCGAACCAGUCUGGUUGCGGCUUUGCUAUUUGCUGUCCAUCCAAUACAUACUGAAGCUGUUACAGGUGUUGUUGGCAGAGCUGAACUACUCUCUUCAAUUUUCCUGCUUGCUGCGUUUCUGUCGUAUACCAAAUCUAAGGGUCCAGACAAUUCCAUAGUGUGGACUCCAAUUGCUACUGCUGUGUUCCUUGUUGCGGUUGCAACUCUGUGUAAAGAGCAGGGAAUUACUGUUGUUGGGAUUUGUUGUGUCUAUGAAGUCUUCAUUGCUCAAGGGUACACAUUACCCGUGCUGUGGGACACCUCUGUACAGAUACUGCUAGGUAAAGGUAGCAUACCAUACUCCCUGCUUCAAACACUGCUUAAACUUGUUGUUUUGAUGUUCAGCACAUUGCUGCUUGUUGUGGUCCGUGUGCAAGUCAUCCAGUCUCAGCUUCCAGUCUUUACCAGGUUUGAUAACCCUGCUGCGGUCAGUUCAACACCUGCAAGACAAUUGACCUUUAAUUACCUGCUCCCUGUGAAUGCCUGGCUUCUCCUAAAUCCAUCUGAACUUUGCUGUGAUUGGACAAUGGGAACUAUUCCUUUGGUUGAAAGUUUCCUGGAUAUCAGGAAUUUGGCUACAUUGGUGUUUUUUUGUCUUCUUGGUUAUUUGGUGACAUUCAGUAUCCGAUAUUCAGGUGAUUCAUCUAAAACUGUGCUUAUGGGACUGUGUCUGAUGGUGUUGCCUUUUAUACCUGCGUCAAACCUUUUCUUCCCUGUUGGGUUUGUGGUUGCAGAGAGAGUAUUAUACGUUCCAAGUAUGGGAUUCUGCGUGUUCGUUGCACAUGGCUGGAAGAAAUUAUCAAGCAAAAGCAGCAGACUGAAGAAGCUGUCUUGGAUAUUUUUAGCUGUGGUGCUUUUCACUCAUGCUAUGAAAACCUUCAGCAGGAACUGGGAUUGGGAAUCGGAAUAUACUUUGUUUAUGUCUGCUUUGAAGGUAAAUAAAAAUAAUGCUAAGCUUUGGAAUAAUGUUGGCCAUGCUCUGGAGAAUGAGAAGAAUUAUGUAAAAGCACUGAGGUUUUUUAAACAAGCUACGCAUGUACAACCAGAUGAUAUAGGCGCACAUAUGAAUGUUGGACGGACAUAUAAAAAUCUAAACCGAAGCAAAGAAGCUGAAGAGUCCUAUUUAAUAGCAAAGUCUCUCAUGCCACAGGUAAUUCCAGGAAAGAAGUAUGCUGCUCGUGUUGCUCCUAAUCACCUAAAUGUGUACAUAAAUCUUGCAAACUUGAUCCGUGCAAAUGAAUCUCGACUUGAAGAGGCUGAUCAGUUAUACAGACAAGCAAUAAGUAUGAGACCAGAUUUUAAGCAAGCUUAUAUUAGCAGGGGGGAAUUGCUUUUGAAAAUGAAUAAACCUUUAGAGGCAAAAGAAGCAUAUGCUAGAGCUUUGGAGCUUGAUGGCAUGAAUGCCGAUUUAUGGUACAACCUUGCAAUUGUUUAUAUUGAACUGAAGGAUCCAAAUGAAGCCUUGAAAAACUUUAAUCAAGCUCUUGAAUUGAAUCGCAGACAUAAGCUUGCAUUAUUCAACUCUGCUCUCCUCAUGCAGGAAUCAGGCAAUGCCAAGUUGCGACCUGAAGCCAAGAAAAGACUCUUGCUUUAUAUUGAAGAAGAGCCACAUGAUGCAAAUGGGUAUUUUAACUUAGGCAUGUUAGCCAUGGAUGAGAAAAAGGAUUUAGAAGCUGAAAAGUGGAUGAAAAAAGCAAUACAGUUACAGCAAGGUUUCCGAAGUGCUCUCUUCAACCUUGCCCUUCUCUACUCCCAGACUGCCAGGGAACUGGAAGCCCUACCAGUCCUGGAUGAGCUGCUGCGUUACUACCCAGACCACAUUAAAGGCCUUAUACUGAAAGGUGACAUUCUUAUGAAUCAAAAGAAAGACAUUAAGGGAGCUAAGAAGUGCUUUGAACAAAUCCUAGAAAUGGAUCCCACUAAUGUACAAGGGAAGCAUAACCUUUGUGUGGUUUAUUUUGAAGAACGAGAUCUUUUGAAAGCUGAAAGGUGCCUUGUUGAAACACUGGCCUUAGCCCCUCAUGAGGAAUAUAUUCAGCGACAUCUCAGCAUAGUGCGUAGUAAAAUAAUUUCACAAAAUCCUGUUGGUGGUGGACAGACUGCUUCUUCAACAGCAGGUGCGCCAUCAUUGCCAGAAGGACAAGGGCAGGAGAAUGAUGAAAAAGGAAAAAAAAAAACUCAAUUUGAAAAAUUCAAAGAUACACCAAAAACAAGUCCACCAACAAAUAGAAAAAACAAAGAACACGUAAAGUCAAAAAGUAAACAAGAACAGAAUACUGACAAAGAUAUAAAGCCGAAAUCAACAAAAGAAAUCAAAGACAUUGAAAAUAAAAGAGUUGCUGCUUUGAAGCGUUUAGAGGAAAUAGAGCGUAUACUAAGUGGAGAAUAAUCUGAAUAAUAUCUUUCAAACUUCAGGGGUGUGGUGAAACGUUUUGUCAUGUAUUAUUCAGUCCAGAACACUUCACGUCUGGAUGAAGAUGAAAGCAAGUUGAAUAAAUAACUGUGUAGGUAAUUGACACUACUGAACAAAAUCUCAACAAAAUUUCAUGAUUCUUUGCUUACUUCAAAUAAUAUUAUUUUGUAAAAAAAAAAAAUCAAAGCACGAUAUGCUUUUUGUACUACUAAAUGUGAUUUUUUUUUUUUUUCUUUGUCAUCCACUUCUCAUAUAUAUGAGCUAUGUGAGAUUAAAAUCAGCAAGGCUUUACAGCUGAGCUGCGCUGUUGCACUGAUGGGAAACAAGGCAGUCUCACACAUUUCUGGGGUGCAUUUAUUUAUUUUUUAAAUUUUUUUUUGGUAUGGUGCUUGGCUAGGGCCUGAACAUGCUGAUAUAUUAUUUCCGCCACCUCCUGUGCAUUUAUGAAUUGCCCUGUAUAUUGGGCAACCAUUUUUUUUUAAAUAUACCCACAGCAUAUAAUAUUUCAGAUGUGUACUCUGAAAUUGUGUUUACGUGACAGGGUAGACUAAUGUGAGGGAAGGAAUUGAGGCAAGCAAGAAGCUGUAACCUGAAUAUAGAUGGAACGAGUAGGCUGCCCAGUAAAAGUGCUUAUAAUUUGCAAGGAAGAUUGACAUUUUAUCCAACCAUGCUGAUUCAGCCUCAGACUUGCUAACUGUUUGUUAGUGCUUUGCAGCUUUUUAACUCGCGACUUGACCAGUUCAUGGAAAUGAAUACCGGAUCUCGACCACAUUUAUUGCACAUGUAUUGGCGUGAAACGCAGUCAUUAAGUGCAUUGAAGAGGUUGAGCAACUUUGGCCUGUUUGAACAGACUUUAAUUGUGGUCAGAUGUUUGAGACUUGUAUAACAGUGAUUCAUGUAGCUGUAGUCCCCUAUGACAGUGUCAUGAUGGCAGGCUUUUGUAUCAAAUGUACCACUACAUGAAACAAACCUGACUUUCUUUUGGUAUUACAAAACCUGGAAAUUAUGAUAACUAGUGUAUCAUGCUCCAUUAAAGGUGAGGCAGUGUGUUACAGGAUUUGGGUUGAUAGAUUAUUGAUUGGAUUAUUCCGAAAACAUAAUUUCCUGUCAAUUGAUUGAUAUGGGGCCGGAUGUAAUGCAGUCCGAGUUGGCCGGAGGUGCGGGUUCCCAGACGAACUCCUUAAAAAAUUUUUAAAGCAGCAAUCAUGUGGAAGGCAAGGACUUGCCUUGUACAUGAUUGCUGCUUUAAAAAAUGCGCGAGUUUGGCAGAGAACCCACACUCCGGCCAACUUGGACUUCAUUACGUGGUCUGCAUUUCAAAAUUUGCCUUUGAAGACUGAAAUCUAGUAGUUUUAUAAAUUGUGAUUUUUAAAUGCCUUAUUUUGAGGUUUUAACACGUGACCAUCCCACUUUUUAGUGUUUUAAGUGUUUUCUCCGAUAAAUAGGGAAGAGUGGAUGUUGUAUUUGUUUACUUUCUUUGAUAUACAGAUGUGUCGUCAUACACCUAGCCUCUAUGCCAUUUGUUGCAAGUGAGCCUCGCAGAGCAGUGUAGCUAAUUGACAGUUUCUUUAAAUUUGCAUAUUAUUCACACGGCAGACACAACAAAACACCACUCAAUCUGUACCAGAUACACCAGGCUGUGACUUCAACUACACAGGAAUUUGUCUUAAAUAUGAACAUAGUCGCAGAUGAAGGACAACAGAACUUUGUGUGAAGAAAGUGGUUGCUGCAUUUGUAGCACUUCAUGCAUGCAUGCAUACAUACAUACAUACACACACACACACACACACA